GUCAUCUGUCAAUCAUCCAAAUGACUCAAGCUGGCUUUGCUGAGGCCCAGCGCUUUAUUCACGUUAACACGAACAAAGCGAACGACUUCUGUUCGAAUAAAAUAUCGACUAGUAAAUACUCUGUUUGGACAUUCCUCCCCAAGUUCCUUUUUGAACAGUUCCGUCGGUAUAUAAACUUGUUUUUUCUGUUUGUUGCAGCUUGUCAACAAAUUCCAGGGGUUUCGCCAACCGGCCGCUACACGACCAUCAUCCCAUUGAGCUUUAUUUUACUGGUUUCUGCAGUGAAGGAGGUCUUCGAAGAUCUGAGAAGACAUACUGCCGACCGAAGGACCAACAGCACAAAAACUCUAGUGUUGAGAGAAAAUAAGUGGCAGAAGAUGCAAUGGAUGCACAUAAAAGUCGGCGAUAUAGUUGAAGUCCGAAAUAAUGAGGGAAUACCUGCAGACUUGCUACUUCUGGAUUCUAGCCUUCGUGGCGGUGCCUGUUAUAUUGAAACCUCCAACAUUGAUGGUGAAACAAACUUAAAGCUGAAACAAAGCCUUCCACCCACAACCAACUUGUUAGAUUCUUUGCAGCUUUCGGGAUUACGCCUAAGCAUAUGCUGCGGAGUUCCGGUAAGGGAGUUGGACAAGUUUGUCGGGACAUUGUGGCUUCCAGAUAAUACAUCCUUCUCCAUAGGACUGAAUCAGCUUUUGCUUCGCGGUUCAUACCUAAAAAACACGGAAUGGAUUUAUGGUACGGUCCUCUAUACUGGACAUGAGACCAAGAUCAUGUUGAACUCAAGUGUGGCACCUCUCAAGAGGUCGACUAUCGAUGUACAAAUUAACAAAUAUAUUCUUUUCUUAUUGGGCGGGAUGUCAUUCCUCAUCAUCUUUACGACAGUCGGAAACCUUAUCUGGACAGCUUCUUACGGUAGCGCUCUGUGGUACCUGGGCGAUACAAGUAUAACGUUACGAAGCUCGGUUUUCAUAGUCAUCACUGCCUUCAUUCUCUUCCACACACUAAUACCCAUCAGUCUGCCCGUGACUCUUGAUGUUGUUCGCCUCAUUCAAGCACAGUUUAUCAGCCUGGAUCGUGAAAUGUAUGAUGAAGAAUCAAACACGCCUGCCGUGGCUAGAACUUCAAACUUAAACGAAGACCUUGGACAGAGUCUGGAGGAGCAGAUAGUCAAGAGGGACGCCGAUGUGGACUUCUUCUUCACCACGCUUGCUCUCUGCCACACAGUCGUACCAGAGCGAACAGGUGAAUGGGAGAAUCGUCCGGUCCUGGUCUACAGAGCCUCCUCGCCAGAUGAAAAAGCACUCGUUGAGGCUUCAAGCCAACUCGGUUACGUCUUCACGGAACGUGAUGCUGACUCGAUAACCCUAGAAGUGCAAGGUGAACCAAUGGUCUUCAAAAUUCUCAAUGUCCUAGAAUUCACCAGCUCGCGGAAGCGAAUGAGCGUCAUCGUAAAGGAUCCCGAGGACAGGAUCUUAUUACUGGUGAAGGGAGCGGACUCCGUUAUCUACGAACGUCUGUCUCCAAAGAGCGCCUAUGUCACCGAAACUGUGGACCAUCUGAGGGUUUUUGCGCGAGCUGGACUUCGCACGCUCUGUAUCGCAUAUGCCGAAAUUGAACCAGAAAUUUAUGAGGAGUGGCGGCUGCGGUACCACCUUGCUAGCACAACCAUCGUUGAUCGUGAAAAUGCCCUGGCUGCCAUGGCGGAUGAAAUAGAGCGGAACCUCCUGCUUAUGGGUGUGACGGCCAUUGAGGAUAAACUCCAAGACGAGGUGCCGGGAACGAUAGCUUAUCUGCAAGCCGCGGGUAUCUCUAUCUGGCUGCUGACAGGAGACAAACUCGAAACUGCAGUCAAUAUUGGCGAGUGUACAGCAUUUAUAAAGUGUUUGCGAUAG